UCGAUUCUGCCUCGUCUCGCGAGACUGCGACUCUUCUCGCGAGAGGUGUGAGCCCGCUAUCAUGGCCGCGGAGGAGCCGGAGGUGGAUGUGGAGGGGGAUUUGGCGACCGCGCCAGAGGAGGCGGCCUCAGAAGGUCAUGAAAACACAGCAUCAAGCUUACUGCAGGAUCACUACCUUGAUUCAUCUUGGAGAACUGAUAACAGUCUUCCGUGGACGCUGGACAGCAGCAUUAGUGAAGAAAACAGGGCUGUCAUUGAGAAAAUGCUGCUGGAGGAAGAAUAUUAUCUCUCAAAUAAAUCACUUUCUGAGAAAAUAUGGCUCAGUCAAAAGGAAGCAGAAAAAAGAUCUGUGAAAAGCCCACAUAAGAAAACUGGAAAAGCCAUGGCGCGAUCUCCUACAAAACCAGGUAGCUACUCAUUGAAGUGGACAUCAGAAGAAAAAGAACUAUUUGAACAAGGGCUGGUGAAGUUUGGCCGCCGCUGGACAAAAAUUGCCAAGUUGAUUGGGAGUCGUACUGUGCUACAAGUAAAGAGCUAUGCCAGGCAGUACUUUAAGAACAAGGCAAAAAACGAUGGUUCUGAAAGAGAAGAGCAAAGUCAGCAUGGUGGCAGCCUUCCCACUGAAGAUGGGGUAAGGGUAGAAGCGUGGUCAGCUGGAAACUUGAGAGGCCGUGCAGACCCUAACCUGAAUGCAGUGAAAAUCGAAAAGCUGUCAGACGAUGAAGAAGUAGAUAUAACUGAUGACAUGGAUGAACUGUUUUCUCCUGCUUUCCAGCAAGAUGUUGGAAAAUCUGAACUGUCUAUAAUUUCAGAAAGUCCAGCUGAAGAAACAAAAGGAACGGAGCAUCCUUGUCCAAGUGCUGGACGUAGUUCUGCUGUUUCUUUGCUGAAAGAAGACUCUCAGAAUGCCAAGCAACCCACAGUGGAUGCGUUACCAUCUCAGGUAGCGACGUGUUCUCAGCACGUGAAUGGUGAUAAAUCUGUGAACUUGGAUUACCAGCAGUGCAGUGAUUUUAUAGAGAGAGCUGAACAGGGCACAACAGGAGCAUCUCAUGGUGCUAGACAAAUAACUGAGCAGGAGCUUCAUGAGGAGCAGAGAGACCUGGCUGAUAAUGGACUGCUUUUUCAUCCCCCCUGCCAAGUGGAUGAAGAUCACCAAGAAGAAGCAGAGGCUCUUAAGCCACCUGAUCAAGAAGUGGAGAUUGAUAGAAGCAUCAUCCUGGAAGAAGAGAAGCAAGCUAUUCCUGAAUUCUUUGAAGGACGCCAGGCCAAAACACCAGAGCGUUACUUGAAAAUUAGGAAUUAUAUUUUGGAUCAGUGGGAGAGAUGUAAACCCAAAUACCUGAAUAAGACCUCAGUGCGUCCAGGCCUUAAGAACUGCGGUGAUGUGAACUGUAUUGGACGUAUCCACACGUACUUGGAAUUAAUAGGAGCAAUUAACUUUGGCUGUGAACAGGCUGUCUAUAACAGACCACAACCAGCUGAUAAAUCUCGGUCCAAGGAAGGCAAAGACACAGUGGAAGCAUACCAGCUUGCUCAGCGUUUGCAGUCCAUGCGUACAAGAAGACGGCGAGUCCGAGACCCUUGGGGAAACUGGUGUGAUGCCAAGGAUUUGGAAGGGCAGACAUUUGAGCAUCUGUCUGCUGAAGAAUUAGCAAGAAGAAGAGAAGAAGAAAAACUGAAGCCUGCAAAAUCAUCUAAAGGUUCAAGACAAAUAAAAAGUUCCUUUGAUCCCUUUCAGCUGAUACCAUGCUGUUUAUUCACUGAAGAAAAACGGGAACCUUUUCAGGUGAAAGUGUCUUCAGAAGCACUUUUAAUAAUGGAUUUGCACUCACAUGUGUCUAUGGCAGAAGUAAUAGGGUUGCUAGGUGGAAGAUACUCUGAAGCUGAUAAAGUUGUGGAAGUUUGUGCAGCAGAGCCGUGCAAUAGCCUCAGUACAGGGCUGCAGUGUGAGAUGGAUCCUGUAUCUCAAACACAGGCCUCAGAAACACUUGCUGCCAGAGGAUACGGUGUUAUUGGGUGGUACCAUUCCCACCCAGCGUUUGACCCCAACCCCUCCAUACGAGAUAUUGACACUCAAGCUAAAUACCAGAGUUAUUUCUCCAGGGGCGGUGCCAUGUUCAUUGGAAUGAUUGUGAGUCCUUACAACCGAAACAAUCCUCUGCCGUACUCUCAGAUUACUUGCCUGGUGAUCAGUGAUGAGAUCAGCUCUGAUGGUUCCUACCGCCUGCCCUACAAAUUUGAAAUACAGCAAAUGUCAGAGGAGCCUCAGUGGGAAUUAAUAUUUGAAAAAGCAAGAUGGAUAAUUGAAAAAUACAGAUUCUGUCACAGCAGUGUCCCCAUGGAUAAAAUUUUUCAUAGAGAUUCAGACCUGACUUGUUUGCAGAAACUGUUGGAGUGCAUGAGGAAGACCUUGGGCAAGGUAACAAGCUGCUUCAUUGCUGAAGAGUUCUUGACUCAAAUAGAAAACUUAUUCCUUUCCUUGUACAAGAGUGAAAAGAAGAGUAAUGCUGAAGAAAACAGGAAUGAAUGUUCAAGUGAAUUAGAAUCAUAGAAUCGCCAAGGUUGGAAGAGACCUACAGCUCAUCCAGUCCCACAGUCCUGUCACCAAUAAUUCUCACUAAUCCAUGUCCCUCAACACAGCAUCUGAGUGUUCCUUGAACACCCCCAGGUUUGGUGACUCCUCCAUGGGAGGAGGCCUGGCCGCUCUUUCAGAAAAGCAGCAUUUCCUGACGCCCAGCCUGAAUCUCCCCUGGCACAACUUGAGGCCGUUGUCAGUGUGAUGGCUUAAACAAAACAAGUCUGGAUUUUUAUUUUUAUUUUGUUUAAUUCUUAUUUCACCCACCGGUUUCUUUUCCUUCUUGCAUUACGUCAACGCUUUCAAAAUUGUGACCCAUUUUAAUAGUAAUACUUAAAGUACCCAGUCUCUUUGUUUUGUUAUGGUUCACUGAAGAACUCCCGGUGAGUGUGAUCAGGCUACGUGAGGAGCAUUUGCUAUUAACAUAUAGAGAAACCAUGUAUCACAGGGUUAGUGAAUUAUUUAUAGCCCAGCCUGUGGUUUGGGAGAAGGACAGGCUGCCCACAGUACUGUGCUUCAGUCUUGGAGGAGAGUUCUCUCACGUUCUGUCACAGUUCUCUCUUUCAGGUUGGGAAUUUUGUUGUCAUGUAUUUUUUUAAUUGACAGGCACGUGUAUCUGACACUCAUGGAUUUGUUCCUCAGUGCUUUCAGAGUCCGAGUUCAAGUGAAUUCACAGAGGGAGAACUGACCACUUUGAGAUGAACGAUGUGUACUCAGAGCAGCUGUUUGGCAUAUUUGCCAUCUUGCUUUUAUUUUGGGUGGAGAAGGCUGGCCACUUGUUGUCUUCUCAUUACUAGUUGUGCUUGUUUCCAGUGGAAAUGUGAACUCCUGUUUGUUACAGGUUGCAGUCUUUCUGAUCUUCCAUUCUACAGGAAGAUAAUAUAUUUUUCUGUCAGAUCAUUGAGAUUUGCCCACAUUUAAUUGCCAGUGUUUCCUGUGGAAACGAGCUCUUCAUUGUUGGCAAGUGUAGAGCAACAAACAGAGAAGUGUGUCGUUUUUGGGGGGGAGGGACACAAAGAAAAACGUGCUUUAAACUUUGCCCUCUAAAUCAAGAGGAGUUUUGACCUCAGUACACAGAUUUAUCUUGGGCAAAGUUUCUUAGAUCUAAGAAAUAUAUUUGAAAACAUAAAGCAAGCCAGAACGUGACUUUGUACUCAUAGGGAUAAAGAUGGAUUUGAUUCUUAUUUGAAAAAUACAUAUGUAUGUAUAUCUACUUCUACAUCUAUAAAUGGGAUUUAAGAUUUUAUAUGUUUAAAUCUUCAGCUUUUCAUCUGAAAAGCUUUAAAAUUGUACAGUUGCAUCCUAAUGAGGGAACUCCUUGCAGAGUUUAGAAUUACCUUCUUUCAUCACGUCUCAUAACGUCAGUUCCUAAGUGGAAGAUGCAGAACAUGAAUGUGUGGAAGUCUGAGCAGUUGCUGUUUGAUGGUUCUCUCGGUGCACAUUUGAGGAUUAUGGUCUGGAAAAUGUUGGUGACUGUCCUUUCUCUUCUCUGCCAGGUGUGUUUGUGCACAGUUUUAGAUCACACUGCUGUGUAUAACUUACAAACUUGGUGCAUCCAUCUGUUUAAGGCAUGCUGACUCUGCAUAUAUUCAAAAUCAUCAUCUUUGGGAAUUCCUAAUUAAAAAUACUGCAUGGCUUUCUGUAUUUCUGAUUUAGACAACACUCCUGGUGACAAAGCAUUCUGUCCUGAGUUGGUUCUGUCCUGGAUGAUCUGCAGCAUGAGGAGUUCUGCUGCAGUUUUACAUAGGAUACUCCAGAAAAAUCAUAUGCUAUAUAUUGUAUGUACUAAAAGCUGUAGUUCUCCUAUAAACUAGAAGGAAAUUUCAGCCUCAUAUGUAACAGCAGUAUGAAGUAGAUACCAUUCUUUGUCCGUAUACACGAAUGUCAGUGUUACCAAAGUAGUGGUAAGAACGUGCUGGCUGCUUUUCUGCUUAAGAAUUAAAGUAAUACAGUUGUAUUAAUUGGUUUUAAGUCGCAUUAAGUCAGAAGAAUUUGGAGUCAAACUCACUUCUGAAGCAACUCAAAUAUCCAGAGAAUACUGUGCAGAACUGAGCUUUUGAUACGCGUGCACACAAAGGCACCAGGUUUCCCAAGGGUGAUCUGGUACCAAAGGUUUUCCAUGGGCUGUGUCUCAAAGUGCAGGAAGGGUGAGGGGGGCACGCAAUGAGCUGGCAGUGCCACCGUAAUCCUGUGUGACCACACCGUGUGGCAUGUGGAUUGGAAAUAGUGUGCUAUCAGGGCAAGUAAUAAUCCUGUGGGCAGGAGUCAUGGUAAGAAGUGCUCUGCUUUUUGUCCUUUGUCUUUGUGUCUAAUAAUGAGCUUGGAAGUUGUGUGCUUCUGAGAUGUAUGCUACUAAUACUGUCGGUUCUGCUACCAAACACAUACAAGGCAUUAAAUACGUUUAUUGAGAA